CCAAUCUCAGGUAUUUUGUUAUAGUAGCACAAAUGGACUAAGAUACCCAUAUUCCAAAUCUCAUCUGUCUGUAAGUCCUUGCCUUACUAAGAAGGACCUAAAGCCUUCAGAACUCUUGGGGUAAAUGCAUGCAAUUAUUUUGGGAAUUAAUCACCCAUUAUCAUAAAUCUUUUCUACUAUUAUUCUAAAUUAUUUACCUGUUUUUGGUCAACUUUCCAUGGAUUUAUUUCCUUACCUAGAUUGUAAGCUCCUUUAGAGCAGGAAUUGGGGGACUUGUAUUUCUUUUUGACUUGAACAGAGAAGGCACUCAAGCUUUUGUGGGUUUGACUGAGAAUAAAUCAGAUCAAACUAUUAUGAAAAUCAAUAAUUUCUAAAAUCAGGCAUAAUACAAAUUGCCCUUUUAAUAAACCUGGAAGCAUGACUCAGUUACAGUUAAGGCUGGCCACCUAAGGGGGGGCAUGUACUAAAUGCUCAGCUAUGGAAGGGAUAGGGUCACUCAUUUCAAACAUUUGUGACACAGUUCCAACCUUCUGUAGUUCUAUUGUGUCAGCCCAGUCUACUGACCUGGAUUUUUCUAAAACCCAGGUAGCAUGAAAAAGUUCCAAACUGGAGCUAGAUUGUACUUGUGCCAUUUCUUCUUCCAUGUUCCAGUAAAUUCUUCUCUCAGGUUGUAAAGAACAACUUCCCUGUUUACCUUUUCACCCUCAUGCCAUUUCACAUCGUCCCUCCCUGGGUCAACAUUCUUUGGGAACGCAAGAUGCCGCUCCAAUAUUAGGAUGCGUUUACUGCCCCAUCCUUCCACCUCGGAUCUAAUCAAAAGCAUUUGAAGGAAGAAUGCAGGGGAACCUGAAUUAGAAGAGCCCUAGUUCAGCUACUAAAAGGUAAGGGCUGGACGCCCGGUACUACCCUCCAACAACUCCCGAAGGGUGGAAGUUAUUCUUGGGGUGGGAUUUGGGGGAAGGCUGGGAUGAGGAAUAAAUGAUUUGGGGGAAGGUGUUAACGUAAAGGAGAAAUCUAUUCUAAGAAAAACACCGUCAGGACUUGUUACAAAGGGAAGAGUUGAACUGUCUAGACAGAGACCCCUGGCGUUUUCCGCUAUAACUGAAAGGAGCUCAGGGAACCCAGAGUGAGGUGAGGGAACCGGGGCGCGGACGGCGGGGAAGUCUCCUGAAGCAACAGCUGAAAGACUUCUCCAGGACGGAGCAGCAGCCCGCGAAAGGACCGCGGGCGCUGACCCCUGAGGAGGGGAGUCGGAAGGGAGAGGCGCGGGCUCCUCCCGGGAAGCGGAUCCAGCAUGCUCCAAGGCCACAGCUCCGUGUCCCAGGCCUUGCUGGGAACCUUCUUCACUUGGGGGAUGACGGCAGCUGGGGCGGCUCUCGUGUUUGUGUUCUCCAGUGGACAGAGGCGGAUCUUAGAUGGAAGUCUUGGCUUUGCUGCGGGGGUCAUGUUAGCAGCUUCCUAUUGGUCCCUCCUGGCCCCAGCUGUUGAGAUGGCCACGUCCUCGGGGGGCUUUGGCGCCUUUGCCUUCUUCCCGGUGGCCGUUGGCUUCACCCUCGGAGCUGCCUUCGUCUACCUGGCUGACCUCCUGAUGCCGCACCUGGGUGCGGCAGAAGACCCCCAGACGGCCCUGGCACUGAACUUUGACUCUGCGUUGAUGAAGAAGAAGUCUGAUCCCGAGGGUCCCACGCUGCUCUUGCCCGAGAGUGAACUUUCCAUCCGGAUAGGUAGAGCUGGGCUUCUUUCAGACAAGAGUGAGAACGGCGAGGCGUAUCAGAGGAAGAAGGUGGCGGCCGCCGGCCUUGCGGAGAGCCCCGCUCCGCCCGCGCCCUCCCGGGGGAGCCCGGCGCAGCCCGGGGCGGGCAGCUGGAGGAGGAUCGCGCUGCUCAUCCUGGCCAUCACCAUCCACAACGUUCCAGAGGGUCUUGCUGUCGGCGUCGGGUUCGGGGCUGUAGAGAAGACGGCAUCGGCGACCUUUGAGAGCGCCAGGAAUUUGGCCAUUGGAAUCGGAAUCCAGAAUUUCCCCGAGGGCCUGGCGGUCAGUCUCCCCUUGCGGGGGGCGGGCUUCUCCACCUGGAGAGCCUUCUGGUACGGGCAGCUGAGUGGCAUGGUGGAGCCCCUAGCCGGGGUCUUUGGUGCCUUUGCCGUGGUGCUGGCCGAGCCCAUCCUGCCCUACGCGCUGGCCUUUGCUGCUGGCGCCAUGGUCUACGUGGUCAUGGACGACAUCAUCCCAGAAGCCCAGAUCAGCGGUAACGGGAAACUGGCGUCCUGGGCCUCCAUCCUGGGAUUCGUGGUGAUGAUGUCACUGGACGUCGGCCUGGGCUAGGGCUGCGAUGCCUCGGCCCCCGGAACGACAGCACGAGGAGGCCGCCGUGGGUGGUUUCUGUGGGACCACACGCCUCUUCCUUCACAUUAAAACAGUUUUCCCUUCUCUCCUCAUCUCAUUAUCCUGAUUAACUCUGAUUUUCACUUUGCUUUCGAGGGAGAUAAUCGCUUUUCUUUGGAAUUUCAAGAUGUCGCAGAAUCACACAUUUUUGUUUUUGGCCACCGAAUGGAAUCUUUUUUCAGUGGGAUUGCCAAAAACCUAAAGAUCAGGGAAAUCUCUGCUUUGGAACCUUCGGUCUCCCCCACUGGACUUGUUGGGGACCCCUCACCUGCAGCAGCAAGCUACCCAGAGAGGUCUCCCAAGCGCUCUGGCCGAGGGACCCCGAGCCGAAUGGCCAGCGCAUCCCUCACCUGCCGUCCUGUCCCUUCCCUGCUGACUAUCGUCUACCCGCCCGGAACUCCAGAACCGAACGUCAUGAACGCGACAACCUACUUCCCAAGGCCAAGCCAGCCCAAAGAGGAAUACGCCUUCCUCUGCCUCCCCCAAGGGAGAUACUGCCUGCGAGGUGACAUGGACAACGGGAAGGAAAUCAAUCUGCUAGUCUUUUUGUAUUUUUUUUUUUCUCGUAAGGCAAAGAUUGACAUUACCGAAGUGAAGGGAAUGCAGCCAACUGUGAACACACAGGGAGCCCUGUGAAAAGCCCACGGAGUGUGGCUUUGAUAGGAAAUGUCCUCUGCUCUCGGUGGAUUCCAAGAGCAAAGUGGUUUGUCACGGUUUCCAAACCCCCUAGGCAUUUAUUUUGGUAAGUGUUAUAUAGCCUUCCUUUUUCUAAGAGACUCGGGAACACCAGCAAACUGCUAGAGGUCAAACUCUUCAUGCACUCACGGAGGGGGCCACUUACGUUAACUGAAGCGAGUGAAAGACAUUUGGAGUCUGCACUGGGUCCUUCCCUGUCGACCAUUUGGUAAUGUGUGGCCUGACCAAGGUCCCUUGAGUUGCAACAGGAGUCUAGCCAGAGGGCUUAGGAAGGAAUGAAUAGAAGGGUAGGAAAAGGAAACAAUAUUUUUACAUUUCCCUUUGAAAGUAAAUUUUAGCCAAUUUAGGCCAUUUCAUUUUAGCCAUUUCAUUCUGAAAUGAUGCUAAAAAAUGACUCGGACCAGACGAGAAGCCACCGUCCUCCUCUAUACACAUAGCUUUUCUUCCAGCCGGGGUGACGUGACCUGUCUCCUUCAGGCACAGCGAAGGCCAGCCGUCCUCAUGGGUCAGAGGCGCACGGGGCACUUUGCCGGGCUCUGCUGAGAAGGCAGGCAGCCCAAGAGCCAGGUAUGCAGGCGCUGUGCAGUCGGUGCUGCUCUCUGAGUUUACAUGUCCAGUUGCUUCCAUGGGUGACUCUCCUGCUCUGUGAACGCUCCAGGACCCCAAAGGCCAACCCUGGGCUGGGUCUGUGUAUGUUCUUCCGAAAGCACCGAUGAUCAAAAUUGAAGACACGUUCAGAGGUUUGAUUGGGCGAGAAUAACUGGUGUGGUGGUUGGUGUAUGAGUAUGUUUUAAUUGUCAUGUCUUUGUAGUAUGUAGUUCCACAUAAAGCAGAUUGUGCUUUCUGAUGGAUAAGACCUCAUAACUGUGAUAAACAUCAAUAAAGGGGAUAUUGUUGUGGAU